CCCUCGGCGCAUGCGCAUCCCCCCCGACGGGCCGUCUGCGUCCAAGACUUUCCUUUUCCCACGUGACGCGGUGGCGCGAGCCAAUAGGAGGGCGUGGAGGCCGCCGGCGGGUUUUGAAUGCAGUCUGAGUUCAAGAAGUAUGAAGAGGAGACACCUUCUCUGCAUUGGGGGAUGGAUCCUGUAUUUUCUGCAUUUGCAAGACUCUAUAUUAAAGAUAUAAAAGAAAUGAGAGAAUCCAAACAAGUGCCAGGUAUAUUCUUUUAUAACGGACAUCCAGUAAGACAGGUGGAUGUUGUGGGGAUGGUAGUUCAAAUGAAAGAGCGAGAUGCCUUUUAUAAUUAUGGAGUGGAUGAUAGUACUGGAGUUAUAAAUUGUGUCUGCUGGAAAAAUCCCAUGGUAGCAGAAACAUUUUUAUCAGGUUGUCCAAGCAUACCCAGUAGUCUUGCUGUGCUUGAACAGAUGAAGAAACUCCAAGAAAUGGUGAGCCAGAAAACCAAGCUGGAGAUUGGGGAUGUUGUCAGGGUCAGAGGUCACAUCCGAACCUACAGGCAACAAAGGGAAAUUCAGGCUUCGUGUUUUUAUAAAGUGGAUGAUCCUGUGUAUGAUGUUCAAAUUUCAAGAAUGCUGGAGCUCCCCUGUCUCUAUAGAGAAGUUUACGAUAAACCUUUCCAAGCCCCUGAGAAGGGACAGAGUGGCCUGGAGGGUCAGAAUUUCUCAAUCAAUAUGCUGCAUGAGAAAAUAAAAGGCUUUCUAUUGGAAAACAAAAUUCAGACCUUUUACCAACAGGAGUUGGAAACAAUUGAUACUCUGGUGUCACUGGCCGGUGUGCAUCUAACCAGUCCCAGCUGUCAGGAGGUGAAGUCAGAAAGUGACUCCAGUUCCAAAAGGAUUCACAGUGUUUUUAAGGAAGCAAUAAGGAUGCUACAAGAAAAAGGCGUGGUUUUCCAGAAACCUAGUAGCUCCAAGGACUUGUACCAUGUGACUGACCAUGAUAAGGAGCUUCUUAAAGUGACCCUUGAUGUGAUUAAAGAAGACUGUCGAAAACCCAGGCAUGCUGAAAAAGGCUGCCAUUUCCUUCAUGUCCUGAGUUGUGUUCGGCAGAGUUACAACCCUUCUGUGGCUGAAGUGGUGAUACACCGUGUCUUGGAACUGCUGGAGAGUAACAGUGAUGUUGUCAGCACUAUGGAAGGAUAUUAUAUGGCAUUUUAAAGAGAGAAGAUAGGAUACAUUAAUUCUGGUCCAUUCAGGAUAAAGGAGGGAAGAAGGAAAGGUUAAGUGGCCCUGAAAAGCUGCUAUUGCCUGGUAUGAGCUAGAUGGGGGGAAAAAAGAGCAUUCUCAUUCUCUAAAUGGUGGUUUUGUCCAGCUUCAGAAAAGUUGUUCAAAUAUUUGCUUUAAUAUUUUUGUUGACUUCCUCGCCAUUCCUAGUGAAAGCUGUAUCAAACUGAUUCUGGACAUCCUAAUACAGCAGGGGAGCUGGAAAAAAACCUGAGCUCUUUCCUUGCAGUAAGAUAUGACAUGUCCUUCCUCACAUUUACAUCCAGUGAGCCCUAAAUAAAAGUCACUGCUAGAGUGCUGUUUAUAGCAGUGGUCAGGUCAGGACUCGUUUUUCUGGCUUAAAGACUGAUCUUGUGAUCUUUCCAUAUGGUAAUAGUUGUGGGUCUUUCUUCUUAUGUAUAUUUUACAAUAGCUAGAGAAAGGACAUGCAAGCAAUCAAAAGAUUUGCUUGUCCUUCCUGGCAGUGUUGGUGUAUUUAUGUCUGUAAGUAUGUAUUCCUGAAUGUGCACAGCUUUCCCACCACUGAAGCAGUCCUCACCUUUCUCUGAAAAGUAAUAUUCAGGAAUAAUGGGACCUUGCAUCCCUUCCCCAAUCUGCAGCCUUGCAGGCUUGUCAAGCUUGUCUGGGUUCCCCUGUCUACUGUGUGCACUACUGGUGCAUGUUGUUGUGGAUUCUGUUCAGACCAGAAUUCUCAAUCAGACACAGUUUUGCUGUUUAUUUUUAAAUUGCUUUCUACAUCACAAAUGGUAAGCCAUAAAUCAGAUGCUUUGGAAAAGAAAAUACAAAAGCCAGCAAGAUCCACUGUAUUCUCCAUGCUCCUUGUUGCUUUUAGUGUAUUCUAUUCCUUGUGACCUUUGGGGAAAAAUACUAUCCAUAUCUGUGCUUGCACGGGAACAUAAGACAUUGAUGAAAUAACGUUGGCCUAAAGAGGGUUGCCAUGUGAGACAUCUGAUCUGGAAUAAUCACAACUCUGUUACGUGCUACAGUUCAAAGCCCAGAGCUGUUCAGUAAUUAUCCUUAGAGAGGGCUUGUCUGUUUAAUGAAUCUGGUUAAUGGUGUGGAGGUGAGACCUUUAACUUGAAGAGUAGGAAGAAUUUAAUGUAUCCUUUCUCUUUGCUCUGCACCUUCUCUGUAACAGUUAAAAUAGCAGACUCCCAGGAGGCAGAUGUGUAGUGGUAAAGCCCUAUAAGGAUUGAUAUAGCAAGGAAAAAUAAACCAUAUGCAUGAGGAAAGCCAGUGAGUAGCCCCAUGUGUGCCAGGUCUCUGGUUUGCUGUUAUAUUAUAUACCUCAUUCCAAGCCCUGGCUGCAGUGAGAUAUAGGCUAAAAGAAAGGCAUGACAAAAUAUUUGGCAUUUGCAUUCAGAGGCCUGUGGAAAACUCUGGCCUUAGAGAUGGUGCAUUUGCCCAUAGUGGGGAAAACUAUGUAUGAAUCACUCUUUUGCUGUAAAUUCUCUAUUUACUGCCGGGCUCAAUAGUUGGUUUCCCUGCAGGCUGCCCUCCUCCUAGCAUGGCCGCUCUGUUUUGCGUUAGGUUACUUCUAGUCAGAUGGUAAUAUGGGCCUGCACAGGUGCUGAAAGUAUGUACCUAUAAUGAAGGGAAUAAAAGAGGAUUAAAAAAGAAUGGUAGAAGUCCUGUCCUUGUCCUGUCCCCAUCCUGUCCCAUCCCUGCUCCCCUUUCUCCCCUGCAUGAACAUCUCUGGAAAUCAGGGACAGAAGUCUAGAUUCUGAGUAAAGAGGUAUUAAUUUAUGCCUACGAAAUGGUCUGGCUGGUCAUAGGGGAGAUAUGCUUUUCAGAUCCUCCUGCUCUGAUUACUGAUCAUUUUGAAGUGAUGCUUAAAAAUAAAGGCUAUCUGUGUGAGUAGGAGUUUGGAAUAUUGAUUCCUAAAUUCUGAUUCACUUCAGGAUUUAACCGUGUUACUGCUUGAUUGUGGACAAGUCACCUACUUGGCCUUAAACUCAGAGUUUGAAUAUAUUAUUAAAGGAAAGUGUGUGGACCAUAUGGAAAAGCAUGGUGUCUAAUUCAAGCGUCUGGCUUGGCCAUUUUCUUGAAAUGUUCUGUAUUGCCAGAAGCCGAUUUUGCUGGGAAAGAGUUAAAAGAACACUGCUAGCACAGUGGAAAAACUGAUCUGCUCUCUUAGGUUAGAAGACAGACAGACCCUGGUUCUCCUGAGGAUGUCAGCCAAGUAUGUGGGCUGGAUGGGUUUUGGGAGGAGUUCUGCUCAUCUAAAUAUUGGAGGAAAAGAUAGUCUGGAGAUCAUGUUGCUCUUUAGGGUCUCUUUAAAAUAAAUUCAUACCAAAAUAGGAUGACAUGUUUGUCCUUUGCAGCUUCUAUAGUCAUACAUGCAGCUUCUAAUGGAUUCUGUUGCCUCCAACUUUGAUGCUGCACCUCCUGUGGUUUAGCUGUGUUUGUGUGUAAAAGUCUGCCUAAAACCCCUGGCCACCUAUUCUCUGUCCUGCGUCCACUGCAAUUUAAAAGCACUGAUCAACUGCAAAGCCUCGGAGAUGAGGUAGAAGGAACUUAUCUCAGGAAAAACAGAUAACUCACUCUGGAAAGAACCUGUCCUUGGAAGUUUGUAAGUUGGUCCUUGCUGGCAAUGCUGGACUCUUGUGAUGGAGGGUGCAUUCUGCUGGAGAUUGGUCCCCAAGAACAGGAAGGAGUGAUUUUUCUCACUUGAGUUAACUCAGGGAAGUAGUAUGAAUGAACACAAAGGAGCCUACAGUUUUUACAAGAGUGAAACAUUAAGGUAAAAUUAAUGGAGGAGCCUAGAUUUAAAUUCCACAGAUUCUAAUUCUGAAUAACUGUACGGAAUAGUUGUGCCUUAAGCUUGCAUGCUUUAUUUUUUCCAUGGUAGCCACCCAACACAGACUAACACUUACUCUGGUUGAGUGCAUUCCCUCUCUUGUACCUACAGGGAAUACCAUAUGCAUAUGCCUGCAUAGAAGUACCCCAGCUAGCUGUGGGAGCACAGAGCUCACUGUAGGUUGAUUUACCCAUUUACUCAGUAUCUCUACAGUAUGCUUCUGUGACAGCAGUCUAGACUUACCCAUAUUGGUAUAAGUCACCUUUAUGUAAGUCUAACUACACACACUAGGGCUUUUACUGCUAAUAAACUGUCUCUCUGUUUAAGGAUCAUAUCCUUAACCAAGAGAGUCAUAUCAUGCACACUGUUAAAAUUCUUAGACUUAGACCACACCUACAAAAUAUUGUGUGGAACAUUUAGUGAAAGUGUACUUUCUUGUUUUGUUUAAUUUGAAAACUUGUUAGGCAACACAAUUAUUACUGGUUUAUUAAAGGACUUUGGAAGGUGGCACUUUCAUGUAAAACUGACAAGUGAGAAUUCAUGUUGUAGGACUGCUUCAUGGCCAGUUCCAGUUUCCAUAGAAACAGUUACAGCAGUUAAAGGCAGGUAAGUAAAAUGGAGUUUUUAAAAGCAGUCAGCAUUUUUACGUUAUCUUAAAAAGGUAUGUUUCCAUAGAAAUGCAGGCUCCUGAGAAUAAAAAUUACUAAAGAAUCUUAAUUCUAUUCUAGCAAAACCUAAGGUGAUUGCUUUUCUGGUGAGGGAACAAAGGAACAACUCUACCUUCAGUCCCUGACACCUGCUUAGGUGAGAGAAGAGGUGUGGUUGCUUCAUGCCUCCGUUUCCCUCCUUUGUAAAUUGGGGAAAUUACAUCUCCCUGUGUAGAGUAUAACCCUAAAUUUUUCUUAACAUUGGUUAUUAAAAGCUCUUGAGAUCUGUCGAUGGGAGCUGUUAAAGAACUCUGGCUGUGUGGGAGAGGGUGAACGGAUGGAUGCUGGAGUGGGAAUUCAUUCUAAUCCAAGCCCCUCUUUUGGCAAUAGCACUAUCUUUCUCUGCCUCUCUUUCCAUGCAUAUUGCUUUGCCUGUCUUAUCUUUUUGCUCUUCACAUUCUGUGAGGCAAUCAUGGUCUCUCUGGUUUUAUUUGUUUCAAAUAUUUAUCCUGGAAUCCUGUUCCCUCCUUCUUAACUGACAUCUUAAAAACAGAAAUUAAGCUAAAUGAGUUCUGAGUGUUCUUGUUUUCAAAUCUUUGGAUAGUAAAUUUGUAGCUGUGAGGGUGUAUAUUUUACAUAAGCUACCUGGGAAAUUAAGCUUUUCUUUCAAAGUAAUAAAUGAAAAAAAUUAAAGAUUUGCUACAUGACUGAAAAAUGUUACUUUUGUGGAUCUGUCCAUACUUGCAUAUUCAGUGAUGAAUACCAUAAAUAGCAGGAGUUGCUAUUUCAUUAUUCAGAAUGAGAAUUCAUCAAUGAGCUGCCAGUGAGGCAUGGAGCCACAUGGAGAAUUAUGAGACAAAGUACUGAAAAUCUGCUUGUCAAAGAAAUGCAGUUUGGUUUACUUUGGGAGUAAGCUGAUCCUGUGAGGAAAAGAUGUUCCUAGCAAAGGUUUGUAUCUUUAUACUUACCUCUGAGUGGGAAAAGGAGCAAGCUCAGAUCCCAUGGGCAACCCAAAUUUUGAAACUUCCUGUCACUGUGGCACUAUGUUCUUUACUCAUCCUGUCUUUCAGCACAGUCUCCUGCACCAACUCUACAGGCUAGCGAGCAAACAAAAGUUCAGCCAGAAAGAUAAAAGAAUAGUUAUAAUAAUUGGUUACCAUCCUCCAGGAGCAUUUUUGUGGACGUUGUUGGCAGCAGGGAAAUGCUGAGCCAAGGGUCUUGGGUUUCAUUCCCAGCGGUCUGCGCUGUCAGGCAGAGGCUUUCCCCCUAAUUUCUUUCAUCUAUUUCUGCUCUCUGCGCUCUCCUCUAAGUGUCAUUUCUCAGGCCUUUCAUUUCAUUCACGGUCUCAUGGUUCAUCUCUGCACCACGGAUCCUGGUCAAACCUCCUUCCUCUCUACUUUGUUCCCUUUUUUCUUUCCUAACUUAAAUAUCCUUGUCAGCAUCUGACAAUUAGAAUUUUCAGUAUAAUCCCCUUGCCUAACUGACCUGGCACUGUUCACAGCCCAUUCCAGUUUCAGCAGGCUGUGCUUCACUCCUUGUCUAGGCACCAGAAGAGGCAGGUGUCAUCCACUUCACUCUCAAGCUUUCUUCCCCAUGUAGUUUUGCAGCAGGAAGGAGCUGCAAUUUUAGGAAAACAACACUUUUUCCCAUCCCAUCCUCCCAAAGACCCAGUAGUACCCUUAAAGUUUCUAGUGGUGGUUUUCCUACAAGUAUCCAACUACAAAAUAAAUAUAAUUUAAAAAUAAACCACUUGCCUUGCGCAAACCUGAGCAAGCACAAGUCACACCCCUGACAGAAGCUAUCUGCCUCUCCCGGCCGCUUUCAUGUCCUUGCAGAUUUCAUUGUAUACAUGAUCUGUAAAGUUGAUGUGGACUUUUAGUUUGUGUGUCUCCUUUUAGCCUGUUUUUUUUCUGAGAAACUGGAAUUAUACUCAUGUGAUUAUACUGCGUGUCUGGGCAUUUGUCAACUUCUGUCCUGCCAUCCCAAGUGACUUUGUUGGCUAGUUAAGAGUGGUGAAGGACCCUGAGCUGUUAUGGUCUUGCACGUUUUUAGAGAAUGGAUGCACUGAUAGAAGAGGGAAGCCCAAAUUACUGCCUCCAUGAAGGGGAAGGAAGAAACUCAGUCGUACCACACUAGAGAAAGCACACACGAGACUGUCCCAAUGAAAUUGAUUUUGUAACUUUUGUAACUUCAGCUGCCACAAGAAGUGCUUGUUCUGCUGUGCUCUUUCAAGAAAUAACAGGACUGUUUUUCCUAAAGUUUGCUCGUAGACAUCACCCCAAGCCAGACAUUUGUGAUGGGAAACUGCAAAUCAAACUGUUAAAAUCUGGUAAAGUUAUAGCAUCUACAUCAGGGUACAAAGUUGAGUAACUGAUUGUUAGGGUUGCCACCAGCCCAUUCCCACUAAUAUUUGUUAAAUGUGCAAUGGAGAUUAUACUAAUCUAGUCAUAGUAAUUCACAAGUUGAAACCAGCCCAGUUUAACAAGAUUGCUUGAGCAUAACAUAACCAGGAAUUUGUUAGUAAAAGAAAUAACCUAAAGGAAUGAUUUUCAGCAAGUGCUGAACCACCGAACAGUGUAGUGCCAAUUAACCUGGCACAACAUGUCUUACAGCUCUUGUUUUAGCUUGCUUUUUGUUAUUGAUUGGAAGAGUGAAUGCUCCUUCCCUACCAGCUAGAACUGGAGCUCUCUGCCACCUUAGCCUGUGAUGAACAAGCUGUGAAUUUACAGGCAUGUAAAGGCCAAAACAUCUGUUCAUCUUGCUUAAAAACUGGAGGAGUGGCUGCAUCUAAGCCACUGAUUCCAUAGAAUGUCUAGGCUGAGACAUCUACUUCUUCGUUCUUUUUAAUUUCCCCAAGUUAAAAGUAAAGCAGACAGGAACGUCAUCCCACCUCUGCUGCAAACAAGGUAAGAUAAACAGCAAAUGUAUGUCACUGCUUAACAGCCAGUGUGAUUAAAUAAAGCAUAUGCCAAGUCUGUUGUGGUCCGGGAAAGUGCAUGGUUCCUCCCAGGAGUGGAGACAUCCAAAUAUUACAGUGAUACUUGGAUAUAGGAGGGAGGAAUCAGUUCUCUCAAAUGUCUCCCCUGCAGGCCUACCUGAUUCUAGCAUGUGCUUUUCUUGGUCAGGUAUAAAGGUGGUAAGGAAAUUAAAAGGGUGCUUGGAGUUGGGUUUUUCUCAUAUUGCCCAAAUUUAAGUCAUUCACAUUGAGAGUGUAGAAGAUGUCCUUAUGUGCAUGUAAAACUCUUCUUUGCUGUAAUGCCCACAAAAAAAACCCAGAGUUGUAACAAGCUAGCUGAUUUUCUGAAACUACUGCCUACACUGCUGACUAAUACUCUCUCAUUGUUUUUAUCCCUCACCUUGUCUUUUUUUCCCCAAUAAAAUCUCUUGAAUUUAAUUCCUGA